AUGAUCCAGGAAAUUGAAGAAGCUACCAAAGCUGAUGCGACCUUGCAAGCAGUGUCCAAGGCAAUCGAGACCGGUAAUUGGCAAGAAGGACCUAAGCAAUCGGAUGUGGUCAGUGUAGCUUAUACUGCGUGGCAAAAGGUAAAAGAGGAGUUGACAGUAGGUGUGACAGCCCAGAUAAUUCUUCGAGGGACAAGAAUAGCUGUCCCCAGAAAACUACAAGAGCGCAUAGUAAACUUAGCACAUGAGGGACACCAAGGAGUCGUGAAGACAAAGUCACUUCUGCGUGAAAAAGUGUGGUUCCCUGGCAUCGACAAAUUGGUAGAAAAGAAAGUCCAGUCAUGCUGUGUGUGUUUGAUCUCAACUCCAGAGUCUAAAUGUGAACCUCUCAAAAUGUCUCCACUACCGAAAGCCCCAUGGUCAGAAGUUAGCAUGGAUUUCGUGGAGCUUCCAAACAGCGAGUAUCAAGAUAUCCGGUCGUCGAAACAGUCAAGUCUACUUCAGCCAACACGGUAAUUCUGAGGGUACACAAAGUGUUCUCUGAAUUUGGAAUACCUGACGUAGUAAAGACAGACAAUGGACCCCCUUUUAACAGCUGUGAAUUUCAGUUAUUUGCGCAGACUCUCGGUUUCAAGCAUCGAAAGAUCACUCCUCGAUGGCCAAGAGCAAAUGGCGAAGUUGAGCAAUUCGUGAGAACGAUAAAGAAGGUGGUCAAGACGGCGACAGUAGAGCACAAGAACUGGAAACAAGAGAUGCAUUGUUUCCUCAGAAACUUCAGAGCAACUCCUCACACAACGACAAAAAUUCACCCAGCAACUGCAUUGUCUGGUCGGGCACUAAAAACGAAGUUACCUUGA